UCGACCUCCUUCGAUGAGUGGCGGAAGCGGGCGCAGCGACGAUGACCCGACGGAGGAGGAGGACGACAAUGAGGACGACGAUGCCGCUUCCGCCUCAUGUUCCUUGGUCCCAUCACCAACAGCAAGCGCGAGCGCGGGGGCGAGCUCCCCCCGCACCAUGACCACUAUCUCUCGCCAUUACUUCGGAGGUGAUUCCUCCGCCGACGACCAUGUUUUCUUCAUCGAUAUUAUCGAGAAUAUGCGAGAAGACUACGGGAUGUUCGUCUGGCCGUGCAGCAAAGUUCUUGCCGAGUACAUAUGGCAGCAUAGAUCGCGGUUCUCUGGCGUCUCAGUAGUUGAGUUAGGUGCCGGAACAUCAUUGCCUGGGUUGGUAGCAGCCAAAGUAGGGGCAAAUGUCAUCUUAACAGAUAACUCAUACCAAGCAGAGGUCCUGGACAAUAUGAAAAGGAUAUGUGAUUUCAACAAACUCAACUGUGAAAUAUUGGGCCUCACAUGGGGGGAGUGGGAUGAGCCUAUGUUUAAUUUGCAUCCUCAGAUAGUGCUUGGAGCUGAUGUACUUUAUGAUUCAACUGACUUUGAUGACCUCUUUGCGACGGUGGCUUUUCUUCUGGAAAAUUCUCCUGGAUCAGUGUUUAUGACAACGUACCACAAUAGAAGUGGUCAUCACUUAAUUGAGUUUUUGAUGGUGAAAUGGGGAUUGAAAUGUUCAAAACUUCUCGAUGGCUACUCUUUCAUGCCACCAUGCAAAGCUUGUUCGCUCCAGGGCAAUAUUCAGUUAGUUGAGAUUACAUUGGACAAGCGGUUCUCCGGAUGACGAUAGGCAGCUGGCAGUCCAGAGCAGGUGGGAAACCAAUCUCAUCCAGCACCAUUUGGAGGAUGAUCAACUUGGUUGAAGAUGACCGAACAUUGACGUGCUGGGCAAAAGCUCCCCAAGGACCCCAUUUUCUCAGGCCAGAAUGUUCUAUUAACGAUAUCAUCAAGAGAAAUCCUCUUCAAAGACUGCUCAUGCAUGCCCUAAGUUCUUUUCACCACGAAGCAUGGAAGAUCUAGGCAUUCUUGAAGAAAAUAAAGUCGAAAAGCUGCUUCGGUAUUUAUGUGCAGGCUACAAUGUGUGUUCUACCUCGAACCAGUGUGUCAGUGCAUCUUCCAUAUUUUUCAUUUUUG